AUGUCUUCCCAUCCCUCAGAAAACAUCCCUCUCGCCCUCUCCACACACUGGUUUCUCGCAACCCCACCUACGUUCCCUUACCCAGAGCUUCGCGCGCACGCGCCCAUCUCGUCUGCUACAUACACCUGGGAAUACAUCGAGCGCAUUGACCCCGACCCGUCCAACCUGACCACACACCCAGGAGUCCUUAGCCAAGACUGGACCGUAAUCGGGGCAGUGCAAUGGGAACUGGACAUGAGCAUAACCAGAAUUCGCGUGCAAUGGAACACAUCUGACAUCACCAACACCCUUCGCUCCGACAUCAAGCACCUCCCUUCCUCGGCGCACGGACCCAGGGGCAACACCCGGGAACUUACCCGGGAGCAAUUACUCCUCGCCUCUCAAUGGUACGCGCCACACAUCCUCUCCUUCGCGCGCUCUCGUCUCGGCACCACCGUGGCGGACGGGAAAUGCUGGUCGCUCGCGUCGGCGGCCCUACAGCACACUCGCGGCGCGGCUGUGAGGGAAGGGCACGAACCACCGCAGCCCAGCACGGGCCGGGUGCACGGGCAGUUAGUUCUGGACUGGGACGUGUCGUCGCUAGUUCCGGCAGCGGGAAUCCUGCAGGCGGCGGACGUGCGGGCAGGAGACGUCCUGGAGCUCAGCGAUGCGCAUUUUCGACAUAUUAGGGUGCUGUUGGGCGGGCUGGCGAGUGGGGAGGAGAAUGUUCAGGUUGGUGAGCAUACGGCGAUUGUGGAUGCGGUGGAGGGGGAGAAAGUGAGUGUGGUUGAGCAGAAUGCCAGGGUGGAGAGAGAGGUGAGUGUAGGCGCGUAUGAUCUUGGGGAGAUGGUGAAGGGGAGGGUGAGGGUGUUUAGACCAGUGGGAGGGAACGGGACGGAGAAGAUGAGCUUGAACGGGCUAUGUGAGGAAUGGUGAUGUUAUCGAUUCCCAGCUGCCUGCCCGUGUGUAUGUAGAUCGAGGUUACGUGUACUCCGUAUUCAUUUGAAAGACAUUUUCCACGCGUUUAUCCGUGGUUUGUUCCUUGCCUGGGGCAUCCAAAGUGCUAUCCACGGAACAUUUCGUGUUCAAACUAAACCCCCCGGCCUGGGUGUCGUUUACUCCGGCGAUUGGCAUGCAGCCAACCCCC